GGCCUACGCGUUCACGGUGCACCUUCAUACGGCCCUUCCCCAACUAUAACAAGGGUUCGUUCAAAUCAGCUUAUAAUCUCUCCUUGUUUUUGCCCUAAUAAUCUUUCGCGAUUUGUCUCUGCAGAACUUCAGAGUCGAAUAUUAAGAUAUUUAUUGCAAAUAUUAUAUAAGAGCAAAUGGCUGACCAGAAGAAGCAAUUCACGAAGGUCAAUGAGCUCCGUCCUUUGGAUAAUGGGCUUAAUUUAAUUGUGAAAGUUGUGAAUGCAAAGACGGUUGUGCAGAGAGGCAGACCUCAAGGCCGAUUGGCCGAAUGCUUAGUGGGAGAUCAGACUGGAAUGAUCGUUUUUGCUGCGAGAAACGAUCAAGUGGACCUGGUGAAAGACGGGAAUACCCUUGUCCUAACGAACGCAAAAAUUGACAUGUUCAAGGGAGCAAUGAGGCUAGCUGUGGACCGAUCCGGACGCAUUGAAGUUGACAGCACAGCCAAUUUGUAUGUGGACGAGACCAACAAUUUGUCUCUGAUUGAGUUUGAGCGUGUUGAUGUUGUUGUUUGAGCAGUUUUUUGGAGGUCUAGUUGUUUCUAGAAGGUUCUUAUUCGAGACAAUUGUUGAGACUUUUGCUGAAACUUUGUAUGCAUCAAAUUUAUUCUAUGGAGUUUUAUUAUCUUAUUUCA